AUGACAAACAGGGUAAAGACUCCAGUGUUAGUGAAUCGUGAAUACCAGCAGCUACAAGGGGAUACAACGCAUUCUCAAACACUAGAUAAACCAGAAGCUGAUGAUGAGGACGGAGAGCAUGAUAUAGACGAAAUGUUCAGCAAUGAUAGAUCUGAUAGUAAUGUUGUACAACAGCAUAGUGAAGUAUUGGAACAUGAACAUGAAUCAGGAAUUAGCGGACUUCACCCAAUAGAAUUAACAGCUCAUAGUAUUUUGAAUGCACCAUUGGAUCACCUUUAUGAAGACUUCGAACUGUUAGGUCAAUCGCAAUACAUUCUUUUGACAAGACUAAGAUUGAUCGAAGACAGAUUAAAGAGCUUCAAGAAAGUGGUGAUAGAUGAUGGCAAUAUGACUUCGGAAAAGGAAAUCUCCGAGACUUUUAAUAAGAUACGAGAAUUGAAGAAGCGGUUAAGUGUGACAGUCAAAUCGUUGGAUAAGGUAGAAACUCGAGUAGAGAAAAUGAAUAAAAAAUUGAAUAUCGAUGCAAAUGAGUGA